GUGUUGAGGACAGCAGUGCUGAGGUCCGGAGCUGCUGGAGCCCGGCCGGCCGUCGCGAUGCGGGGCGCGAGUCGCGGCGGGGUAGCCGGGGCGCUACUGGUGCUGCUGCUGGUGCUGUCGGUGCGCAGCGGUGACGCGUCCAAGGCCAGCGCCGGGCUCGUCACCUGCGGGUCAGUGCUGAAGCUGCUGAACACCCACCACAAAGUGCGGCUGCACUCACACGACAUCAAAUACGGAUCCGGCAGCGGCCAACAGUCGGUAACCGGCGUGGAGGCGUCCGACGAUGCCAAUAGUUACUGGAGGGGUCGUGGGGAGGACGGGUGCCCGCGCGGGCUCCCAGUGCGUUGUGGGCAGGCAGUGCGGCUCACGCAUGUGCUCACCGGCAAGAACCUGCACACGCACCACUUCCCGUCGCCGCUCUCCAACAACCAGGAGGUGAGUGCUUUCGGGGAAGAUGGCGAGGGUGACGACCUGGACCUGUGGACAGUACGAUGCUCUGGGCAACACUGGGAGCGCGAGGCCAGCGUCCGCUUCCAGCAUGUGGGCACCUCUGUGUUCCUGUCGGUCACUGGUGAGCAGUAUGGUAACCCAAUUCGUGGACAGCAUGAGGUGCACGGCAUGGCUAGCGCCAAUGCUCACAACACAUGGAAGGCCAUGGAAGGUAUCUUCAUCAAGCCUGGAGCAGAUCUCUCUACAAGUCAUGAUGAACUCUGAGAACUGGAUGGGUGAAGGGAGGGAGGGUGGCUGGGUAGGGAUUCUGUAGGGCCACUCUUGUGUGAGACUUUGUUUGUAGAGUCCUCAAGUGCCUUUAUGAUUAAAAAAUGUUGGUUUGUGUUUAUA